AGUUAGAUUACACGCUUAGCAGUCUUCCUGGCAGAGUAGAAGUAGCCAGUACUCGACAGUCGCAAAACGAUCAUCGUCGUCGUUCCUCCUUCAUUAGAAACUCGCUCGAUUUUCUUCGUUCUUUGAAACUUUGAAAGUUUAAGUACCCUACGGAAUUUAAGGAUUUUUCUUAACUUCAAAAUUUUUUUUCCAAAUGUUUUCAGAAAUGCAGCAACCACAUGAAAACGGUAAAGAAACGAAAGGCAUUGGUAGAAGAAACGCUGUACCAAUUAUUCACGUUAGAGGAACUUAUUACGAUAUUGGAUUCGACAUAGGACGUACAUUCAGCAAAUUAAUUCAAGAUCAUAUCGAAGCUUACCGACCGCUCAAUGAAAAUUAUAUGAAAUUAUAUGAUACCGAUGAAGGUAGAAAGGUCUAUGAGGAUACUUUACAAUGUGUAAGAAAACAAUUUCCUCAAUAUAUCAGAGAAAUUCAGGGGACCGCGGAAGGUGCCAAUGUUCCUUUCUACAAGUUGUUCCUAAUGCAUCUAGAUGAUAUUUUGCCAAACGUCGUUGAUGAAACAUCUGGAAAUACACUGCCUGUUGGAUGUUCAACUAUCAUUUGUAAUCAACCAGGACAACAAAUCCUUGGACAUAACGAAGACGCCUUGAGUGAAACCUUGAACUAUUGGUACCUUGUAAGCGCUCAUGUUAUUGAAGAUGGUUACAAAGAAGAGAAAUUUAUGUCAUUAAGUUAUGCUGGUUUUUUACCAGGAUAUACCAUGGGUUAUAACCAUCAUGGUUUAAUUUUCACUAUUAAUACCCUCAGCGCGGCUACUCUUAGAUCUGGCAAAACACCACGUUAUUUCAUUACUCGCGCUCUUCUCGGUGCUGAAAAUUAUGUGGAAGCACAAGAGAUUUUAAGAAAUGAAGGUUACGGCGCAGCAGAAGGAUUUUCUGUAAAUAUGACUUUUCUCAUGCAAGAAGGAGAUAGAAUGUUUCAUAACGCUGAAGUUGGACCUGUCGAAGCCAACGGAACUCAAUCGCAACUUGCAAUAUUAACUGCAAGUCCGGGUGAACAUAUCUUUCAUUGUAACAAAUACUUACGAUUGAAAAUUCCGGAAGUAAAAGGUUUGAUAAUAGAUAGUAGUAUACAUAGAAUGGAAGCAAUUUGUAAACAUCCGCCACCUAAAUGUUUUCAAGAUGUAUUAGACAUUCUUAGCGAUCAAACGGAUUCUGAAUAUAAAGUUUAUCAAGAUAUAAAUCCUGACGACUAUAUAAAAACGAUCGCUACUGGAAUUUUUGACUGUAUUGAAAAAACAUGGUCUAUUUAUACGGACAAACCAAAUUGUAACGAACCGAUAGUAGUCUUACCUUUGGAAUUACAUAAUAACAGUGGUUUCAUAUGUUCAAAAUCAAUUUAUAAAACAACAAAAUAAUGAAUGAUAAGAAAAUUAAUUAAUAAAGAUGGCCAAUACUAUGUUCAUUAUUUAUUAA